AUGUGGAGUAUCAAGAAAAAUAUGCUUUUUGGAAAACAAAUUAAAAAAUUCGACUACCUAAAGCUACUUUACUACUACUUCAAAGUGUUCGGACUGGCAACAAUGACUUUCGUCACGGACUCAACGAAAACUACUCCAAAUCGCUUUGGGACUUUCAGCCGUUCCAAAUAUACCAUCGUCUACAACGUCGUCAUUAUUUUGGUUUUUGUAAUGCCAUGUCUCUACAACAUGACCAUCUUUUGCGUCGGUACCAACCGAGUGAAAUUCGAAGACUUUGCGGAUUGCAUCCAGAUUAACAUGGCCUUAUUCGUAACAAUAUUCAUACUGUCGAAGUUUUGCAUUUCAAGCGACUCGCUGAUCAGCAUCGCGAACUCGAUCAGUCGAAUCACCGAAUCGUUGCUGACUCUGAGCAGUAUUAGCUUACAAAAAAGGAUCAAAGUUUCCUUCGAAAUCAAGCAAGCGUUUAUCGUAAAUAUCACCAUGUGGAUCGCAUUCAUCGUCAUAAAUCUAUCGGAGAUCGAGCCUUGGAUGAAAAACGCUGUAAACAUGUACGUCAGCAACUUCCUCGUCAGCGUCCUGAUACUACAGUACAGUGUGAUCUUGAAGUUCCUCCAGUACGAUUUCAAAAUCCUCAACGAAAACCUCAUCGAGUUCAGAAACGAGGAUUCGAUGAAAAUCCGAUCACCUACAGAAACGAAAGCCAAAAUCGACGGGCUGUUGAAGUUGCAAAAAUUGCACGAGUCGUUGAGCGACACAUCGCGACGGGUGUCGAUGUUUUAUUCUUACCUGAUGCUCGUCAGCGUUUUGAACAUAUUUAUCAUGUUGAUUUUCGUGUGUUACUACCUCGCGAAGCCGAUUAUACUUACUCACGAUAGUAACUUUAGCAGUAUUAUGCUGCUGCGUUGCUUUUGGUAUGGUCUCUUGUUUGUGGUUCUAUUGGUGACUUUGACGAAGUUCGUCACGGCUACGAUCGAGGAGAGCAGAAGAACGAAGGAAAUUAUUAGUUCUUGUUUGAUGAUACCUGAUGCGGAUGAGAAGCUUUUGAAUAAGUUGAAUCAGUUUUCGUUGUACUUGCUACACAGGGAUGUAAAGUUUACGGUUUGGGGGCUUUUUACACUGGAUGAAUCGCUAUUGACUUCGAUGGCUGGUUCGAUCACAACGUAUAUGGUGAUAGUGUUACAAUUUCAACAGAAAGAUUGA